AUGCCUAUCCCGGUUCGGUCUCUGAGAUACACUGAUUUCGAGCUGCCUCGCAUCACACAUCGCCGUCGACAGUCCCUUCUCUGCCACGCCCAACGUCCAGCUUCUCCGAUAACAGAGAAGGCAUCGAAUUUACUCGCCUGUCUUUCUUUGGGACAAUUGAGAAGUGGACUGGCCCCAGGCCUUGAAAAACCAUGUUUUUGGCGUUCAUGGUGCGGCAAUGAUGACUCCUUAACUAAUUAUGAAAUAAUGGCCUUCUCUGAUAAACCUGACAAAACAUCAUCUGCUGAAAUACUAGCAUCUGUUAAUCUUGACUUCACUUAUCCUCCUGAUGUUACUAGUCCAGUCAAGAUUGCGGCCCGGCCCAGUCAAGAUAAACAUUUUCCUGCUAGUAACCAUGUAGGUGCUUCACACUUAUGCUUUCCUCAGGAUAAGAAAGAUAAGUUACGAAGGUCUGCCUCUUGCACUACAAGACGACCAUUCAGGGAGAUCGGUUUAUCUUUUCCCAACGAGACCUCCACGACCUGCUCAUCCCCGGAAAUUUAUACUCUAUCUUUUCGACCUUUGCAAAAGUCCUAUUGCUCGUGCCACACACUCACCCCUUCGUCCCCCGACCUCAGAUCCUAUAAACGGUCUGCCGCCAGGCUACAUUUCAAUUUCUAG